AUGAACAAGUUAGAAAAUGUGCUUACUGCCCUUGGGUGGACGCUCAGCUCUCUUGAAAGGGCGUCUGAUUCUCAGAUUUGUCCCUUGGAUAAAGGUCACCUAGUGCCCCGUGACCGCCUGGAUGCUCAUCUUGAUAAAUGUCGCUUACGGCAAAGAGGAUAUUCAAGGAAGGAAGUUGUAAACAUUGUCGACUCUUUAACGGAGGCACUAUGGAAAUAUGAUGAUAAAGAAAUUCGAAAAUUUUCUGAUGCGGGUGGACAGUCAAACAAGUCCUUGAACUUAUCCAUACCUACCAUACUUAACCAACCUGAGAAGCAACCCACUCUCGGAUUUCAUAAACCAGGUCAUGAAAAGGGAGGUGUGUCCGUUCAAGAGUUGGCCUUCGUGAGGGACCUCAAACGGCGAAGGCAGAGCUACCGCGGAAUUCACACCGCAAAAAAGUCUUACAUUGAAGUUCUGCGCGAAGUCAUAGAACAUCACGCUGCGCUUUUGAACCAUUCUGCAAAUCCAGAUCAGAAUCUACCUUAUCCUUAUCGGGAGGACGCACAAGAUGUGAAAUUGAGAAAAACCCCCGAUAGGCAGUGCAGUUUUCAUAUUCUUGCUCAAAUUCGAUGCGCACAUCAGAGCGCCACCACAGCCGAGGGGAACAGAUCCACCGAUAUUCUCCGCACCGCUCCUCUCGUCACGGAGAACAAAACCGAUCAGGUGACAGGAGGCGCUGGCGUUAGGCAACUGCACCAUUCUGCUACUGUCGUUCUCGCUGCUUGUUGGUUUAGUAAACGUCUGUGUUCAUGUAAAUACAUACACCUGUCUGCUUGUCACAUCUGUAUGGUCUCCUUCCUACUGCCUCUGCGCUUAAGCCCUUAUUACUUUUGCAGUAAGAGCUCUGCCAUUGCACUGAUUCUUGAAUUGUGA